CUGACAGAGCUUCAGUCGAGCGACUGUAAUUAGGAGACGUGGAUCCAAUUUGUCGUUCUCUCUGGACUCGUUAAAUGCGGCCUCGCUUCUGAUUCGUCAAACCGAAUGAAGGGCGUGGCGAGGUUUCUUUGUGUGGGGGUGUGACCUGCCUUCCCAUUGGCUACGAUGCGCGGGUGGUGGGUGAGGCGUCCCCGGGCGUCGUCGUUGUCGUCCAUGAUGUCUUCAUCUUCGCCGCCGACGCCGGUCCAGAUUCGCGAAGCUAACGCUCAUUUGGCCGCCCUGCACGGGCGGGUUGCAGAAUUGGAGCGGCGGUUGGCGGCUGCGGAGCGCACGGUGCACGGCCAGGCUGAGAGUCUCAUCCGGAAGGAUGCCGAGAUGCGGCAGGCGGUGCUCGGGCUUCGGGAGGGCAAGGACAGGGAAAUUGCCAUAUUGGAGGAAAAGCUGCAGUCUUCUGAACAGCAUGCGCAAAAACUGUUAAAUGUGAUCCAGGAAAAAGACAGCUUGAUAACGCAGCUGAGGCACAGGAGCCGCCUGCUCACCAAGAUCUGUCGUAGCCGUCCAGUCCUGGAUAAUCUCUUGGCAUACAUGGCGGAAGGGGAACAGCUGAGUCCUGUCCUUGGUGCACAGAGUGACACCAACUCACCAGAUCACAACCUGUCAUUGGAGACAAAUUGUAUCCCAGACCUUGAUUUGGACACCAAAGACUUUUCACUUGGGGAUGACGAACAGGAUUCAGACAAGACUUUGUUUGGGACAACAGUGUAAAUGGACAAUGAUUGUUGGUUCCCAUAUCGGAAGCCUCUUUUUUUAAAAAAAUCUCUUGAGUAGGGUAAUACCACUUCUUUUUUUUUUUUUUUACUCUGAGCUGCUCGUGCUGGAGAUGACAAAGUGACUAUUUGAAACCAGACACUCUAGUAAUAGUUUUGUGUAUCAGCAGACUUUUUUGGUUUGUGGCUUAAAAAUCAUGCCUUUUUUCCCCCUGCAUGCCUUAAUUGGAUGUAGGGUACCUGAAUCUCUUGGACAAAUUAUGACAGUCCCAGCAUCUUCCAAUAUUGGUUAUAUUUACAGUUGUGGGAGUUGUAGGGCAGCACUCCAGAUUGCCUAAUCCCACUCUUAAGAGAAGCAGGUAUCUAAAGGGAAGCUGCUAAUUUAAAUUAACAUUACUCUAAACAGGGUUGCCACCACUGCUCUCUCUUUCUGUAUCUCACAAUAUUUUUUUGGCUAUCUCCAGCCAAAACCAGCAGCAGUCUUUUGGGGAGUAGGACAGGACCAGAAGGGGUUCAAACUACAAGGAAGGAAUUCAAAUUAGGGUUAGACAUCAGGAGGGAUUUUCUAAUUGUUACAAGUUGUCAGCUAGUGGAACAAAUUGUAAAGUACUUGGUAAGUUCUCCUUUGCUAAAGGAGAUGUCCUAAUGAAUCCUGCAGAUGACCUCUAUGGUUCCUUCUAAUUGUGUGAUUAUAUAAUUUCAGAUUUGCAUGUGCCACGUGGGCUAAAUGGUUUAAAAUAUAAAAUGCACAAGGGUAGCAAAUCAUGCCUUUGUUGAUAGGCUUGGAAAUCCCACAGUUAGAAUGAUAAAAAGAAGAAUGUACCUAGAUACCAGUAUCUUUUUAAGAGCCAUAGUUAAGGCUGGAGUCCAGUCCUGCUAGUACAGGUAGUCCUCAAUUUACAACCAUUCAUUUAACAAGCAGUUGAAGUUAAGACAGCUGUGGAAAGAAAGGGACUGUCGUCUGGCUCUUACACUUAAGACAGUUGCAGUAUCUUUGCAGUAAUGUGAUCAACAUUUGGGCAUUAAGCAAUCAGCAUGUAUUUAUCAUGGUUGCAGCAUCCCAGGGUCAUGUGAUCACCAUUUACACUCUUCUAUGGGGACUUCCAACAACCAAACUCAAUGGGGAAAGCUGGAUUUGCUUAAUGACUAUGGCAAAAAAAAAAAAAAGUAAAAUGGGAUGCCACUCACUUAAAAAAUUGCAUCACUUUGUAAGAGAGGUUGCACUCCCAAUUGUGGUCGUAGAUUGAGGACUUCCUACAUUCAUUUAAACUGAUUGGGGUAAAAUACUACUUCCUUUCAUUGGGCAGCUUCCUGUCCCUUCAGGAUUUACCCCUUAACAAUCUUGCUGAAGUAAGUUUUUCUAGCGGAGUAAUUCUAAGUCUAGUGCAUCUUCUGCUUGCAUGUGACUUAAUCCAUCUUUAAUCUGGAUAGGCAAUUUCUUAGGAGGAGCAAAAUCACAGAGAAUAGGAAACUUCUUUUUUCAGCCUGCUUGGCUAUCCUACAGGAAUGAGCACAGAAUUUCAACUUGAAGUACUACAUCUGCUUGCUUGAGCAGGAAAAGGAGUUCAACCAUCUUUUAUUUGUGGCCUUAUUGGUGGUUAGGCCUUCUCCGUGGCGGGUAUGAGCAAUAGCCCUUAGAUUCAUAUACCGCAAAGUGCUUUACAGCAGCAGUCUCCAACCUUUUCACCUCAGCGGACUGACGGAAGCGGCGGUGUAGGAAAGGAGAUGGUUGCGCAUGUGCGCCGCUUUGCACAUGCACUCGCACACCUCUUCCACGGCCCGGUUCCAAACAGGCUGCGGACCAGAACCAAGCUGCAGAUUGGGGGUUGGGGACCUCUGCUUUACAGCACUUUCCGAACGGUUUACCCU